AUGGCACCAACGAGCUGGGACUUGAGACUGGUUCCAGAUUUGAAGGAUCGGACAAACAUGGAGUGUCUUCCCGUCUCAGUGAUACCCACUGUUCCAGUCAAGGAGGUCCCUAGGCCAAGCCAUGCGGAAGAUACGAGCGAAUCGGAUGAGAAAGACCUGGUGGACUCGUUUUGCCUUGGUGAUUUUUGGAAAGCUUAUGAGGAGUGGAGCGCAUACGGUGUGGGCGUUCCGAUAGUACUGCCUUGUGGCGAAUCGGUGAUGCAAUACUAUUUCCCUUCCUUAUCAGCCAUUCAAGUGUUCACGUACCAGAAGUUUCCGACGCCUUUCAGAUUUUCUGGGGAGGGUUCUUCAAUGGAGUAUGAGAAUGAUGCUAUGAGUGAUGGAAGCAACAGGAGCGGAUCCUCAGAAGUCCUGAGCACCGACUCCUUCAGCAAAAAUCUCUUUCAAGACUUUGAUUUUGGCAUUCAAGAAGGGUCAGAGACAGAGGAAACGCCAGAGUAUCAUCACGGGGAAUUGUAUGUUCAAUACAAUGAGGUGUUGAAUCCAUAUGCUCGAGUCCCCCUUACUAAGAAGAUUAAAGAGCUGGCAAAGAAGUAUCCUGGCUUGACAACUUUCGAGAGCACAGACCUCACUCCAUACAGUUGGGUGGCCAUUGCUUGGUACCCGAUUAUACAGAUACCGGUGAUGAGAAACCAGAAGGAGUUAUCUGCAUCUUUCCUUACUUAUCACAUGUUGUCAUGGUCUACUCAGGUUUCAUUGCAUACCUACUUUAUCGCGGCUUUGCGGUGA